AUGCUAAUAGGCAUAACCGGAUCGGGAAAAAGUGCGACCGCCAAUACAAUUCUUGGAAAGGAGGAAUUUCAGUCAAUACCAGGCGCUAAAUCAGUCACAACUAGGUGUCAGUUUGCCGACGUCGAGAUCGCCAAUAGGUCCGUUCUAUUGGUCGACACACCAGGCAUGUUUGAUACAUGUUUUUCAAAUGAGAAGAUCGGAAAGGAGAUCAUGAAAUGCACAGCUCUUACUUCCCCUGGCAUCCAUGCUGUCAUUUUGGUUAUCAGAAUUGGGAGAUAUACAGAGGAAGAAAAACAAACAGUUGAGCUAUUUAAGGAGAACCUUGGACAUGAGCUGACAAAAUACAUGAUGAUUAUCUUUACCGGGAAAGACGACCUCGAAUACGGUGGGAUGACACAAGAAACAUACAUGGAAACAUGUUCAACUUCACUUCAGGAGCUUAUCUCUGAAUGUGGAGGCAGAUUACACUUUUUAAACAACAGAUCUGGUGAAGAACAAAAAGACACGUUUAGGAGGGAGCUGGUAGAUGCCAUUGACACAAUGGUGGAGGAAAAUGGUGGAAGAUGUUACACUAACCAAAUAUUAGAGGAGGCUGAAGCCAUCAUGAAGAAGAAAGAAAACGAACUGAAGAAAGAGAUUGCGAAGGGACGUAGACCAGAACGGAAAAGUUACAGCAACAGUUAG